UCUUUCUUUUCAAAUGACUCUAUUAAAUUAUGUCUUAACCUUAGUGACACAGCAACACUGUAUGUAUGAGUUAAUCAGUUUUGGAUUUAGAUCAUUGUUCAGUGUCUCUUGUUGAAGCAAGAACCACACCUAUUACUCUUUAACUUUCUAUGUGCAAGUGAUGAAAAGGCUCAUUACAAUUAGGAAUGUGGAAGAAGGUGGUGAUGACACUGAUGAUGCAUUGAAGAAUCUGAAUCUGAAUCUGUCCUCAGAUUUGGAGAAGAAGAAUAAUACUACUACUCUCCCUCUUAUGCGUUUGAUGGGGUUCUUUCUUGUUUCUUUCAUGCUCUUCUCUGUGCUCUUCUCACUCUCUGUUGUUCUUAGAGACCCUCCCUCUGAUGCUGUUCUAGAAGCUUCACCCACUAUUACUACUACUGUCUUUCAGCAACAAGGUGUGAACAAUAUUUCCUCUGAUUCUGUUGAGAAGCCAAUUGAUAAACUGAUUGGUGGCCUUCUAAUCGAUGGAUUCGAUGAAAGAUCUUGUCUCAGCAGGUAUCAAACAGCCAAUUAUCACAAAGGACUAUCAGCUAAACCUUCUUCUUACCUUAUUUCUAGGCUAAGAAAAUAUGAAGCUCUACACAAACAAUGUGGACCUUAUACCGAAGCUUAUAACAAAACUGUGAAAGAACUCAGGUCUGGUCAGUUUUCCAAGUCCUCACCUUGUAAAUAUGUUGUGUGGAUUUCAUUUAGUGGAUUGGGGAAUAGGAUAUUGACCCUAGCUUCUGCAUUUCUUUAUGCUCUCCUUACGGACCGAGUUCUGCUGGUCGAUCCGGGAGUGGAUAUGGUUGAUCUCUUUUGUGAACCAUUCCCAGAAGUGUCCUGGUUUCUCCCUCCUGAUUUUCCUCUCAAAAGUCAGUUUCAUGGUUUCAAUCAGAAAUCUGAACAAUGUUAUGGAAAAAUAUUGAAAAACAACUCGGUUGCGAGUUCAACUUUGCCGCCGUCUUUUCUCUACCUUCAUCUAGUCCAUGACUAUGAUGAUGAAGACAAGCUUUUCUUCUGUGAUGAACAACAAAAUUUCCUCAAGAAAGUACCAUGGUUACUCAUCAAAACAGAUAAUUACUUCACUCCAUCUCUAUUCUUGAUGCCGUCUUUCGAGCAGGAACUGAAGGACCUAUUCCCAAACAAAGAAACAAUUUUCCACUUCUUGGGCAGAUACUUACUCCACCCAACAAACAACGUGUGGGGACUAGUUGUAAGAUACUACGAGUCUUAUUUAGCCAAUGCCAAUGAAAGAGUUGGCAUACAAAUUCGAGUGUUCGACACAGAUCCUGGCCCAUUCCAACAUGUAUUGGAUCAAAUCUUAGCUUGUACAUUGAAGGAGAAUCUCUUGCCGGAUGUUAACCGCGAAGACGACAUAGUGAGUCCAUCAGAAACACCGAAAUCGAAAGCGGUGCUAAUGACAUCCUUAAAUGCUGGCUAUUUUGAAAAGGUAAGGGACAUGUAUUGGGAAUAUCCUACUGUGACAGGAGAAGUUGUUGGAAUUUACCAACCAAGCCAUGAAGGACAUCAACAAUCCGAGAAACAGAUUCAUAACCAAAAAGCUUGGGCCGAAAUGUACCUCUUAAGUUUGAGUGAUGUGUUGGUUACUAGUUCUUGGUCUACUUUUGGAUAUGUUGCUCAAGGUCUUGGAGGCUUGAAGCCUUGGAUACUCUACAAGCCCGAGAACCGAACUGCUCCGAAUCCUCCUUGCCGGCGUGCCAUGUCAAUGGAACCGUGUUUCCAUGCUCCUCCAUUCUAUGACUGCAGGGCUAAGAGAGGAAUUGACACAGGUGAACUUGUUCCUCAUGUGAGGCACUGUGAAGAUAUGAGUUGGGGUCUUAAGCUUGUAGACAGAGACAAUUUUGAUUAAAUUUAAGCUUAUGAUUAUUAAUA